UUAAUAGUGGCAGCACAACUGUUUGACAUCUGACAAGUUAUCUCUAUGAUCAGUCUAAGCAAUAAUCAGAUUGUAUGAUAUAUAGUUUUGGUGCAUUGCAGAGUUUCAACAUUUAAGAAAAGGUAUGAAAGAACAGUAGCAAAGUGCCUGAUACGAUUAUUACUCAUCUACCGGGGCGGGUGUUCCGCUUUUUAGCCACUGAGCAGUCCUUGUGCAAAGGACGCAUUUACAAGUUUACAGCUUUUGAUAGAUACGCGCUCGCUCACAACAAAGAAAAAUGCGGAAGCUGUAACCGGAAGUACAGUUUAGGAGGAAAAGUUAGCUGGCUGGUGAGCCAGACAGACAUCUCACAUUCCUUGGAAAAUAGACAGGGAAAGGGUGAUGGCAACAUCCAUUUAGGGUACAGAUAGACCUACCGUUAAAUAAUAAAUAGGAAGGGGCCGGUUGAGGACGAUAAAUCGUGUCAUCGAGGAAGUAACGUUAGCCCCCUACAACCUCUCGCUAGCUACCAACUGUAGGGAAGCUGCUAGCCAGCAAAAAAAUAGACAGUAAAAGACAACAUGGCUGACUCUAGUGGCAGUAAACCCUUCAUGGUGACUUCCUCCAUCAACCUCAAAGUCACCACCCCCUCCUUCUACAACCAGCCAAAGAAGUUUGCCUCGGUCAACCCGCCGCGACCCAAAAGCCAGUCCGACCUGUCGCCUCCCCCGGGCUCAACUCCUCCCACAGGUCCCUCUCCUCCCCCCAGUCUGGUCUCCUCAACACGCGGUGUCGGCACAGCUGUCAUUGGUCGAGUUGGAGUGAUGCCUCCACCACCACCAUCGCUAUGCGAAGACUUCCCGCCCCCUCCUCCUCCAAUGGACGAUGAGCUGCCAGCCCCUCCCCCCAAUUGUGCAACCACACCUCCAGCCUCUGAUGCCCCUCCCCCUGCCUUCCCUCCCCCUCCCGCAGUGGAUGACCUGCCCCUCCCCCCCGCCCCGCCUGAGGAGAAUGCCUGUCUCCCCCGUUCCCCGUCUCCCCCUCCUCCACCACCCCCUCCACCUCUCCCAGUCUCUGGUCCCAGCAGUGUCCCCAGUGCUGGGGAGAACUCUCAGCGUCUGGAAAAGCAGACUAGUUUUGACAAACAGCUGGGCUCUCUGACUGACCUGCUGUCUGAGAUGGAGACCAGAGGACCCUUCAACCCCAAGUUGCCCAGUCAGUACUCAGCUCCUCCUCCUCCUGCCCCCAAGCCUGCAGGUCCUCCCCCCACUGCUCCCAAGCCCAACCUCUCUUUCCUCCCCCCUCCAGAGAUGGGAGACAAGCCCCCUCCCGCUCCCUGGGCCGAGGAGCUCAAACUCCGGACGACACACAGACAGGCCAAUAACGCUACAUCUGCCCCAGCUCCUGCCCCACAGCCAUUUGCUAAGGCGCCAGUUGGGGCUUCUAAGGCUUUUGGGGGCAUGAAAACAGGGACAACCGUGUCUCCUGUGGGGCUGAAGAACCAGAACCACGCCCCGGCUCCAUUUGUUGUUGCUCCUAAACCUUCCCCUGCAGCCAGCUCCUUCCCUCCUCCUCCUGCCGCUCCUCCCGCCCCACCAGCCAACAAAGUGGCUCCCCCAGCCUUCAAUCACUCAAAGCCCUCUUCCAUUGACUCUCAGAUGACUGUGAGCCUGCCCCCUCCUGCCCCCGUGCCCCCUCCUCAGCCCAAAGCGAUGACAUCACCCUCUUCUUACAGCCAGCCAAUGAAAUCUCCCCCUUCAUCAAAGCCCUCGCCUCCUGGGCCUGUCUCUGUCCCAGGUGGAGGUGUUCCUCUCUCCAUGAGGGAGGUGGAGGAGCUGGAGAGAAUGACCAAUGCAUUCAUCAAAGACAUGGACACACACGCUCCCGUCAUCACCUCAGCACCUACAGAGGUAUGUGGUAAGUGUGGUGAGGCUCUGUCUCGUUCCCAGCCUGCAGUGAGAGCCAUGAACAAACUCUUCCACUCUGACUGUUUCUGCUGUAUGAGCUGCCAUCGCCCCCUGCAGGGCAUGCAGUUCUACGACAAGGACGGGACGCCACAGUGUGAUGACUGCUACACUAGUUCUCUGGCGGUGUGUUCUCGGUGUGGGGAGCGUAUUACAGACCGUGUGUUGAAGGCGGUGGGCCAGUGUUUCCAUGCCCAUUGUUUCCGCUGCUGCACCUGCGCCUGCAGCCUGGAGGGGGCGCCCUUCAUCACUGACGACAACAACAACCCAUACUGUGUCCCAGACUACCACAGGCGUUUCUCUCCCCUGUGUGUGAGCUGUAAUGAGCCCAUAGUUCCUGACGCCGGCAGUCAAGAGACCGUCAGAGUCGUGGCCCUCGACAAGAACUUCCACCUCAAGUGCUACCGCUGUGAGGAUUGUUCCCGCCCCCUCUCCAUAGAGGCGGACGCAGACGGCUGCUACCCAUUGGACGGCAGGAUCCUGUGCAUGAAGUGCCACACCCGGCGGGCCAAGGCUAUGCAGUGAUUGGUGGACACAUCUGUUAUUCAAGUCGAACUUUGAACCAAAUCCAAGGCACAGGAUCCAUUCAGCUUCUACCGUUCUGUCUUUGCAACAGGGCUUUACUUGUGCGCUCUGUGUGUGUGUGUGUGUGUGUGUGUGUGAGAGUUCAUGAGUGAAAGGGAGUAUGUUUGCAUGCAGUUGUCGUUAUGUCUCUCCUCUUUCUGCUUAUUCCCUCUCUCAGUCCAGAGGUAAUGUACUGCACUGAGAUAGACUUCCUCCUCCUCUCCCGCCUUCUCCCUUUGUGUUAAUGUCUUAUCAAGGCCAUUUUUUGUUUACGCUAAAAUUCUCAGCAUGUCUUGCACAAGUAUAGCUUAGUCAUGGGCUGUGUCCCAACAGUCAAAGAUGGCUUCCUCUCUCCUCUUCUCUCUCCACUGAUUGGAAAACAUGUUGAGUAGGUUUCAGCCAUACAACUUUGAUUUGUCUUUCACUUUUCAGUGGUACAGAAGGAAAAGAGUGGAAGUAUUUCAGAGUAUUUGAGACAUAGUAACAGUAGUUUAGUGUAACUCCCUGACCCCAGUGCACGAGGAGUUGAACAAAAGUUUAAGGUGGACUAAUUCAUGUUCCCCUGCACCUCCCAUAGGACUGAGCUCUGGUGUGCUGGUGGCACCUGAAGCACUUUGGGAGUUGUAAUGCCUGCAAACAUACAAGUUGCUUAACUGCCUUUAGAGAGUGCUUUCUACAGAACUACAUAUCCCAUCAGACAUGAUGUAGCAGAGCAGUGUGCUGUGGGAAAUGUAGUUCCUCUUGGGCUAAAAACAGUGCAAAAAAACAACAAAAAUAUGUGAAUGUCGCUCUCGUUUGUUUUUGUUGUGUGCGUUUGUUGCUUUAUAGGCAUGAAUAGCUACAGAUCACUGUCAGUUACUCUCACCAGUUUGUCAAGCACAGAAUGAGGGUACAAUACGAUCAAAAUGACCAUUUAUUUCUUUGUCAAAAGAAUAGAAGAUUUAAGAUCAUGAUUAGAGACACUACCUAGAACAAAGGUCAAAAGUUAGCCCAGCACAGAUUCCAUUCCUAUGAUCUCCUCAUGUUAAAUAGAGUGCUGUAGUUUAAAGAGGAGCACAUGGCUUAGAACAGAUUCUACGCUACAGGCAGAAGUUGCUCUUAACCGCCUGGAUCAGAUUACCCUACCUCCUCCCUAAUCUUAAUUUAAAGGGGAUGGAGGGAAAACAUUGGAUCCUGCAUCAGUAGUUAGGGGCAACUUCCAGGACCUACAGUAUAAUCCUAUCCUCCUAAAUGAAGCGCUCUUGAACGUAUACUUAUGUAGUGUGCAGGCGAGUUAAGAUCUAAUGAGUAACAUAGAGAUAUUACCUCUCAUUAAUUCAAUUCACCUAAAGGUAAACUCAUGGAUUUUUGCACUAUACACCUGCAUUUACAAAUGCUUAGUAUUUUGGGCAUUUGCAGCUCUCUGAAUAACAUAAUAGAACUGGCUCUGAAUCAGGGUUUUAAGUAUUAUAAACAUGCAGCAGAUCAAAUGGCCAGUCUGUUUUCCAGUAGAGUGUAGUAGGUCAUUGACUGUAGCAGUAGCAUGUAGAUCAAACCAAUACAGUUCAAAGUGAUGGUAACACGUCACUCAAAUGCAUCACACCUUAAAUUCACUGCCUUUGUUUUUGUGGAAUUGACUUCAAGUUGUAAUCAUAUUUUGUGUGCUUUACACAGUAUAUUGUUCUUCUUCCUUUCUCACAAUACUCCAAUGACUACCACUGUUUCCAUUAUUCCGCUUAGUGUUCUUUUAUGUCUCGAUAUCAGUUAUAUUUACUCUGCUUGUAAUCUUACCAUACUGUAUUUCAUUGAUAAGUACUUAUUUUCAGUGAUUUUUCUGUGAAACUUGGUGAGUUGCCAUUUCCACCCUAGUAUUCCUAUCUCUCUUGUUCAGACUGGUUUGGCACCGAACACCCAUCCUUAUUACAAUCCUCAGUCUGGCAUGGCAACCCUAAUGACCAAACUAACAUCCUCAACCAUAUGGCCACAGACUCCAUAUGCAUGUUAUCUGGGUCGUCGGUAUCAUCUUUAGUUUCUCAGUUGUUUUCCUUUUUUUAUUUGCACACAUGAUUCCACCCUUGUGACCUUUGUCUUCUGUCAGACCAUUGGUGUGUGAUGAUGCCUUCAAAAACACCACUUUGCUCAUUUAUUUAAUGAUGAUUGCCUUGUUCUUUUGAUAUAGUUUUUAUAAAUUCCUCUUAUUUGUGUGUAUGUUUACGGUUCCAAACAUGCCAACAUUAAUUACCAGUACAUGUCAUUCUUUUUCUUCUUUAAUUUUACUGUACUCAAAAUAAAACUGCUAAUUGCCUAAA